AUGGCUCGCCGGCGGCGGCGGCGCGAGGAGUUCGCGCUGCCGGAGUUCCGGCCACGCUCCAGCUCGGUGGCCGUGCCGCGGCGUGCGCAGCUCACGCGCACCCACCGGCUGCCGGAGCGCACGCCGCACGGCCUCGACCCAAGCACGGCGUCGGCACCGCAGCGCAGCGUGUCGCGCGCCUCCGAGACGGAGCUGGCGCGCGUGCGUUCGUUCGUGACCACGUCGCGCGGCGUGGUGAGUCGCGGCGACAGCGUACAGCUGCGGCCGACGCCACCCACCACGCCCGCCUCGUCGCUUGCCUCCAGCGGCCACACGUCACCGGCGCUGAGCCAGUCGCCGCCAGGCGCGCCGGCGCCGCCGGCCGUGCACCGAGUCGUGCCGCUGGGCGGCGCCGGCGUCGGCAAGACGGCGCUCGUGCGCCAGUUCCUCUCCUCCGAGUACAUGAACGGCUACGACACGGCCGGCGGGCUGGGCGGCGGCCCGCCGGCGCUCACCGUCAUCGUCGACGAGCUCGAGACGCGGCUGGCCUUCGACGAGGCCGGCGGCGCGCGUCUGGAGGCGCUGGCCGAGCGGGAGGCCACGGCCGCCUUCCUGGUGGUCUACAGCGUGGCGGACGCGGCCAGCUUCAGCGAGGCGGCCGCCCUGCUGCUGCGCCUGUACGGCUGCGGCGCCAUGUACCGACACGUCGUCAUCCUGGUGGCCAACAAGACGGACGUGGUGCGCUCGCGCGUCGUCUCCACGGCCGAGGGCCGCCACCUGGCCAUGGCGCACGGCUGCAAGUUCAUCGAGUGCUCGGCCGGCAUGAACCACCGCGUCGACGAGCUGCUGGCCGGCCUGGCGUGCCAGCUGCGGCUGCGCGCUGACGGCGCCGGCCGCGCGCCCCACCGGCGCCGCGGCUCGCUCGGUUUCCUCGACAAGCUGCUGCACCGCCACGGCCACUCCAAGUCCUGUCAGAACCUGUUCACGUAGGCGCCCGCGCCUGCGCGCGCUCCUGUUGUCGCCUGUAACGCCGCCGGCGGUGGCCGCCGGCAGCGAGCGCGCGCCCCGUCCGGCGGACCGUGACGGCCGCCGUGUUCGUGUUCGUUUGUCCGUGGCUUCUGGAUGACGGCCCGGUCG